GUUUGAAAAAGUGAAGAUUUGUUUAUUUACAAUUAGUUUCGCAUCAUAUAUUGCAUAAAGGUUGCGCUAAUGAUCUUGGUUUAAGCAAAACUCACCUUCGUUUUAUGCGCAUAAUACAGCUGUCGAAUCAUGAGCUAUCAGAAGGGCCUGAAAGACGCAAAUGUGGACAGGCAUACCACUAAAGGAAAAUCACGACAUUUUACGGUGAACGGCUUGAGUGCUAAUAACACGCUUCAGCAGCAACAGUACAGCUUGCAACAACAGCAGCUGCAGCCAGCGACUGACACUCGCAACAUAUACAACAAUCCGUACAAUCCACAGCAACAGCAACAACAACAGCAACAACAGCAGCAACAGCAACGCACCGCACAUCUCUUUAAAGCGCUGGCUGCCACAGCUGCUGUUAGCGGCAAUAAUAGCUUGAGCCAUCCGUAUGAUUUCUCGAACUCGUCGUCCUCAUCGAAUGCCAACAACGAGCAGCAAGGAUCAUCAUCAUCGGAGGCGGAUAACGCGUUUCUAACUCAUAAUAACGAAGCCAGACUAAAGUUGCCCUUCGACGGCCAGCCUGCUAGCCUGCCAGCCUGCUAG